AUGAGCAUGGAUCAAUUGAGGAAAGAACUGGUGGACUCUACCAGGGAGGAGCAGAAAUUAAAGGAGAACAGAGAACAUAAAAAGUAUUGGUACCGCUGGGGUCCAUACUUGAGUGAACGUUCAUGGGCUACUGUUCGUGAAGAUUACUCCCUUGACGGUGAUGCCUGGAAUUUUUUCCCCUUUGAACAUGCUAACUCAAGAGUCUUCCGUUGGGGUGAAGAUGGGUUAUUCGGUGUUUCCGAUAAUAGACAAUUACUGUGUAUGAACGUUGCCCUAUGGAACGGUAAAGACGAAAGAUUGAAAGAAAGAUUGUUUGGUUUGACCAACCACCAAGGUAAUCACGGUGAAGAUGUUAAGGAACUAUACUUCUACUUAGACAACACCCCAACUCACUCUUACAUGAAGAGUUUGUACAAAUAUCCAUUCGCUAAACCAUUCCCUUACAAGCAACUAGUUGAUGAAAAUGCACAACGUGGAUUGAAUGACAAGGAGUUUGAAGUUUACGAAGUAGAUGGUUUGUACAAAGAUAAUGCUACUGGCGAUACUCCCUACUUCGAUGUUGUCUUUGAAAUGGCGAAGCGUGAUGAAAAUCCUGAGGAUUUAAACUUUAGAAUAACGGUUCACAACCGUAGUAAGACUGAGCACGGUUCUCUACAUGUCGCUCCCCAGGUGUUGUUUAGAAAUGUUUGGGCGUGGAAGAGCUGUCCCGAUACCUCUAAAUUGGUUCAAGAUUCGAAGGCUAAGAAUAUGAUUCAUGUGGAUCACCAUAAGUUUGGUGGUCGUCAAAUAGUUUUCCAACCUUCUCCAAGUGCUGAAAAUUCUUCCUGUCAGGAGGAUGUGGACCCGGAACUAUUAUUCACUGGUAACGAGUCUAACUUGAAGAAAUUAUUCAGUAACGAAACAAAUCCGGCUCCCUUUACCAAAGAUGCAAUUGAGGAAUAUUUAGUUCAUGGUAAUAAAGAUGCUGUUAACCCCGAACACAAAGGUACUAAGGCUGCUGCCGUUUACCACUUCGAGGACAUCCCUCCAGGGGAGUACGUUACUGUUCGUUACAAGUUCUCUGACGAAUUGGUUGAAGGUGAGAACUUGUUCAGGACCGAUGACUUGGCUAUUAUUGAUGAAGACGUCUUUGAUGGUAUCUUUUCUGAGCGUGAAGAAGAGGCUGAUAACUUUUAUUGGCGUGUUAACCCAUUACCGGCCGGUGAUGAACUAAGGACCAUUCAGAGACAAGCAUUUGCCGGUUUACUAUGGACUAAGCAGUUCUACAACCUGACUUGGGAUGAAUGGUACAAUGGUGAUGUCAGUAUCAAACCUCCUCCACAAAAGGGUAGAGCAGGUGGUAGAAAUAAAAACUGGAAACACUUGUACAUUGAAGAUAUUUUAUCGAUGCCAGAUAAAUGGGAGUAUCCUUUCUUUGCAUCUUGGGAUACCGCUUUCCAUACCAUUCCAAUUGCUAUGGUGGAUCCAGAUUUCGCAAAGAAACAAUUGGAUGUCAUGACCAGAGAGUGGUACAUGCAUCCUAACGGUCAAAUGCCAGCCUAUGAAUGGAAUUUUGAAGAUGUUAACCCUCCAGUUCAUGUUUGGGCAGCUUACCGUGUUUACAAGAUUGAAAGGAAUUUGUAUGGCAGACAAGAUAGAUUAUUCUUGGAGCGUGUUUUCCAAAAAUUGUUGUUAAACUUCACUUGGUGGGUUAACCGUAAGGAUGCUGAAGGUAAUAAUGUUUUUGAAGGUGGUUUCUUAGGUCUAGAUAAUAUUGGUAUCUUUAACCGUUCUGAAGCAUUGCCAACCGGGGGCAGAUUGGAACAGGCAGAUUCUACAGGUUGGAUGGCCUUCUACUGUUUGCAAAUGUUAAAUAUUGCCCUAGAGUUGGCGAUUGAAAACCCAGUUUACGAAGAUAUCGCAUCCAAAUUCUUUGAGCACUUCAUCUUGAUCAACGACUCUUUGUCCUUCGAACACAUCGUCGAUAAUACCAAGGAAGGUUUCCCAGAAAUUGUAAGGCAGAACUUGUGGAACGAAGAAGACCAAUUUUACUACGAUGCUAUCUCUUGGGGUGGUCCUCACAGACAGCAACUACCGGUAAGGUCAUUGGUGGGUUUGAUUCCACUAUAUGCUUCGAUGACUUUGGAAGAUGGACUACUUAAGAAGUUUCCAAGUUUCAAGAAAAGAGUUGACUGGUUUAUCGAAAACAAGAGUGAAGUUGUUGAAAGGAACAUUGCAUCCAUGCGUCGUAGAGGUGUCGGUGAAAGAAUAUUACUAUCCCUUGUUAACGCUGACAGAUUGAAAGCUAUCUUAAAACGUACGUUGGACGAGAGCGAGUUCUUAUCCACUUAUGGUAUCAGAUCUUUAUCCAAGUACCAUGAGAAACAUCCAUUCCAGAUGAACGUUAAUGGUAGCCACUACGAAGUAAAGUACUUACCAGCAGAAUCUGAUUCUGGUAUGUUUGGUGGUAACUCCAACUGGAGAGGUCCAAUUUGGUUCCCAACUACUUUUUUACUGGUAGAAUCUUUACAAAGAUUUCACCUAUACUACGGUGAUGAUUUCAAGGUCGAAUGCCCAGCUGGUUCUGGUGAAUUUUUGAAUUUGGCUGAAGUUGCUGUUGAAAUUGGUUCCCGUAUGAUCCAAUUGUUCACUCCCAACGAAGAGGGUGAUCGUGCUUGCUACUACGGUCCAUAUCAGAAGUUCUUAUCUACUGAUGAGCAUUUUAAGGGCCUAGUUCCAUUCUUUGAGUACUUUGACGGUGAUACCGGUCGUGGUUUAGGUGCCUCUCACCAAUGUGGUUGGACCGCUUUGGUAGCCAAAUGGGUUAGCGAUGUUGGUGUUUCAUUUGUUAGGACUCGUCACCCCUCUGAAUAUGGUGAUGCCAAUCUUCGUCACAGACAAAUGGCAAGACGUAAGAGUGCUCGCUCCUUGCUAAGUUUUACUGCUACUGCUCUUGAUCUAACCGAGGAAGAAAAGCACUUGUUACAUGGUCAAUCUGCUUUAAGCGCACAGUCUAGCGCUGCAUCAGGUAAAAGUAUCAAUUUCAAGGAGGAAUUCCAGUUUGAAGAAGAAAAGAAGCAUGAGUUGAACUCUUCAGAUGCCCAUAAGUCUGAAUCGAAGUUGAUCGAGCAUUUGAAGGACAAGAUUGGUGGUUUAACCUUUGGUGGAGGUUCCGGUGGAAAUCUAGAAGAAGUUAAACCGGAAUUGUCUUGUCAAUACAACGAAAACAAAUAA